CCUUCCUCCCGUUUCUUCCCUUGCCUCCCCCUCCCCGUCGCGCUGUUCAACGUUCAAACCCUUGCAGCUCCCUCUCCCUUGGUCGCGCAGUCGCCAUUCACGACCCCGACCCCGACCCCCGUCCCCCUCCCUUAAAUCCCACCUCUCCCCGUCUACGCCUCAUUCGCUCCAGCUCGCAUCCCACAGCCAAGCCAGUUAGCCCGGGAGAUCUCCAAGAAACCAUCUUGGAAUCCGAGAACGCCCAGCAUUCUUGGUCGGCCAAGGAUUCGAAUUCCGACGAACGGCUUCUACGGCCGAAAAAAGUCCGAUAAUUUCCGCGGGGAGCUCAGGAGGUGUCUCGGUCUCGGGAACCGGAGGAGGAGGCCGUGGGGGAUUGACGAGGGGGCAAGAUGGUGAGGCUGCCGUACACAACGGCGCUGACCACGCUGUUCAGCUACGGCCUGCUCUUCGCCUUCGGCCAGCUCAGGGAUUUCUUCCGCAAGUUCGUCGACUGGUUCAAGGCCAAGAACGUCAAGGGGUACGCGCCGAUCUGCCUGGGCCUGGAGGAUUUCUAUGUGCGACGCCUGUACUUGCGGAUCCAGGAUUGCUUUGGUAGGCCGAUCGCAAGUGCGCCAGAUUCAUGGUUUGAUGUUGUUGAGCGGACCUCAAAGGACAAUAACAAGACACUACAGCGUACCUCGAAUACCACCAGAUGCCUCAACUUGGGCUCCUACAACUACCUUGGCUUUGCUGCAGCAGAUGAGUAUUGCACACCACGUGUUAUUGAGUCUCUCAAGAAAUACUCAGCAAGUACCUGCAGUGUUCGUGUCGAUGGCGGUACGACCAAGCUUCACAAUGAGCUGGAGGAGUUGGCUGCGCGUUUUGUUGGAAAGCCUGCUGCUAUCCUAUUUGGCAUGGGUUAUGUUACAAACUCUGCCAUCAUUCCAUGCCUAAUUGGAAAGGGUGGACUGAUAAUUAGUGACUCUCUGAAUCAUAACUCAAUUGUUAAUGGCGCAAGAGGAUCCGGUGCAACUGUUAGGGUUUUCCAGCAUAAUUCCCCUGCUCAUUUGGAAGAGGUCCUGAGAGAGCAGAUAGCUGGUGGUCAACCACGGACACACAGGCCAUGGAAGAAGAUCAUUGUCAUUGUUGAGGGUAUCUAUAGCAUGGAAGGGGAGCUGUGUAAACUCCCUGAGAUUAUAGCUGUCGCCAAGAAAUACAAGGCCUACACAUAUCUGGAUGAGGCCCAUAGCAUUGGUGCUGUUGGGCAGUCUGGCCGCGGUGUUUGUGAGCUCCUUGGGGUUGACCCAGCUGAUGUAGAUAUAAUGAUGGGUACUUUUACCAAGUCUUUUGGAUCAUGUGGUGGAUAUAUUGCCGCAUCAAAGGAGAUAAUUCAGCACCUUAAGCAUAGUUGUCCGGCCCAUCUGUAUGCUACUUCCAUGUCGCCACCAGCAGUCCAACAAGUUAUUUCUGCUAUUAAAGUUAUCCUUGGGGAGGAUGGCUCCAACAGAGGUGCCCAAAAACUUGCUCGCAUCCGCGAGAAUAGUAAUUUCUUUAGGUCAGAGCUCAAGAAGAUGGGUUUUGAGGUUCUUGGUGACAAUGACUCUCCUGUCAUGCCCAUAAUGCUCUACAAUCCGGCUAAGAUUCCUGCAUUCUCUAGGGAGUGCCUUAGACAAAAGGUUGCUGUUGUUACUGUUGCGUUUCCUGCGACACCUCUUCUUCUUGCUAGGGCACGCAUAUGCAUUUCUGCUUCACAUACUAGGGAGGACCUGAUGAAAGCCCUUGAUGUUAUCAGCAGAGUUGGCGACCUUGUGGGCAUCAAAUACUUCCCUGCAGAACCACCAAAGAUUGCUGGAGCUGAUCAUGAUAAGCUGGAGUAGGAAUCAACCCUUAGUUGCCCCAUGAGUGAUUGAAGUUGUUAGAAUCCCUUGGAGUUGUCAACAAAUCAUUAUGGAAAGAAGCACAUAUUGAGCCAUUUCAUUUGGAUCUUGUCAAUACACAAGAGUCCAGGAUCCGUCAUAUUAAGCUGACUACUGUUUGUUGAUUGUACAACUAUUCUUCCAAUUGUGUAUAGCUGGUUGAAAUUCAGUUGUUCUGUUGUUAAUCCAUUCCCAAUAUGUAAUACAAUUAGAGGCAAUAUAAACUUCGAGUAGAACAUUACUGAGUUUCCCUUGCAGAUCACUGACGACUAUUGGUCUCUUGCUUUCAUGUAUUUUUUUACCUUUUGAUAUGGGAUUAGUAGAUGUCUCUACACUUUAUAUGAAGAUACGAAUUAUUUUUUAUUCAGUGAAUGUUAUAUGUGACCA